AUACGACAUUUAUAUUUCACUGUGAUGUUGAGUGCGGCAAAAGCACUUGCUCCAAUCUGAAGGCUCCCCUUGUGGAGGUCUGAAUCACGUGGCCAUCCAACAUGGGGUCAAUGACCUUUUUGUUAACUUGGAAGAUGCUGAAUUUGUUGGGACUUUGUAGAUUUCUAGGAAUUAUUUAGGCCAUUUCUGAUAACCCUCAGGUAAAACAUUCUCCUUGAUAGUUUAAAAAAAAAUGUAAAUGCUUGUUUAAACUGCAAAAUCCUGUGAAAACACUUUCAACCUUGUAUUAGCUAGCUAAUGUUCUAUACAUCAGACUUACGUCAUGAGUGGAGCUAUGCUAGAGGAGGAGCAACUACCAAUCAUCUCCCGCUUCUUCUUCUUGUCCUUAGCAGAAGAUGAAGCUGUGCGUGCAGUUACAAUGCAAGAACCUCCAUGAGUAUUUGAAUGGAGUCGAGCCCUGAGAUCAUGGACCCGGGUGUACAACCAUGUGGCCACAUGUCUAGCUUUCUACAUGUGCAGGAUCAGUCCAUUUAACAAUCCUACUAAAGUAACUUUAAAAUAUGACAUGCAAGUUUUUUUUAUUUUAUUUAACUUGGCAAGUCAGUUAAGAACAAAUUCUUAUUUACAAAGACGGCCUACCGGGGAACAGUGAACACCUUGUUCAGGGGCAGAGCGACAUAUUUUUACCUUGUCAACUCGAGGAUUCAAUCCAGCAACCUUUCGGUUACUGGCCCAACGCUCUAACCACUAGGCUACUUACAAAUGAAUCUGUAAUGCACAUCUUACCAUGCAUUAUUACUUCUAACACAUUUGGAGCAGAACACAGACUGUCUACACAUUUAACGUGAUGAUCUGGAUGUUGGGUUAUACAGGUGUUGUGCUGAAAAUCUCCCCACUGCCAGAACCCCCCUUCUAAUUUCCUUAAUUUUGUGGCUAGAGUCAAAUACUUUCUAUAGAACAAACUUCAAGUCAGGAUAGGUAACCGAAAUGACUAAUUAAUGUAUGUGUUAUAUUAAACAGAGGAGGGAGUAAAAUGUUGGCAAAACAUUUCAGAACAACUAUAGCUGAAUUAUUAUCCUUACACUUUAAAAACAUACUAGAUUAAUAAGACAUGGGAGAGAUGACGAAUCUCAAAUCACAAAUAUAUUUUGAUUUGUUUAACACUUUUUUAGGUUACUACAUGAUUAGUAGUUCUGAUGUCUUCACUAUUAUUCUACCAUGUAAAACCUUGAAUGAGUGUUCUAACUUUUGAUCAGUAGUGUAUACUAACACAAACUCUCUUCAUUUCUUGCCAUUCGUAUUUUACUAUGACUAUUUUACCUGUGUUGUUUUUGUGUUAAAGUUACAUUUGUGAAUAUAAUUUCUCUGUUUCAAAGUGUUUUCAUAAUGAAAGUCUACCAAAUAUUCUUUCAAAUUUCUAUAUUCCUCUCUAAAUACUUCUGUUCUUCUCAUUUUCAUCCUCAUGUAUCCUACAUCUCUUACCUGCCUCCAGUGAGCCUGGAGAUGCUCCCUGUAUCACCUCAGCUGGUUUCCAGUUCCUGCUCCUGGACACUGCCUCUCAGCUCACGCUACAGUACCUCAACACUGCACAGGUUUUGACUGUUCUUCGCCUGACCUGGAGUCUGCCUGCCGUCCUGUACCUUUGCUCCACCUGUGGAUAUUCGACCCCUGCCUGCCUUGACCUGUAGUUUGCUUGCCCCUGUGGUUACAAUAAACAUUGUUACCUCAACACUGUCUGCACUUGGAUCUUACCUUGAUUUGGCUUGUCACCAAAAACACUCAACUUCUACAGGUGCACAAUCGAGAGCAUCCUGUCGGGCUGUAUCAACGCCUGGUACGGCAACUGCUCCGCCCACAACCGUAAGGCUCUCCAGAGGGUAGUGAGGUGUGCACAAUGCAUCACCGGGGGCAAACUACCUGACCUGGACACCUACACCACCCGAUGUCACAGGAAGGCCAAAAAGAUAAUCAAGGACAACAACGACCCGAGGCACUGCCGGUUCACCCCGCUAUCAUCCAGAAGGCGAGAACCCAGUGCUGCCCCCCCCCCCCACAAUCACAGACCAGAUCAGACUAUGGGCGCUGGAGAGAGAUUGACAACAGUCCACUGAGGGUGAGGCCGUGUGUGUGUUUUAAUACAAGCUUUCACAAGUAGAUUUCUCUUUUUUUUUUUUUUAUUGUGAUGAAUAUUGUCCGUCCCAACUAUUGGUUGGUGAGAUCAUAUGCUCUCUCACCCAGGGGAAACCAGUGUCUCUUAUCUCUGGUAAUAACCAUAUGAGACGUGCCAUUAAAAUAGGAAUUCAGAAUCAGUUGCUGGGAGAAACAGGCCGUAAGACUUCAGUGCUUUGAAAUGUAACCAGUUUGAGUAGGAGUGCUGAUCUGGGAUCAGGUCCCCUCUAUCCAUGUUAAUACUAGUCAUUGUGAUCUAAAAUAGUUUUUUUUUUUCCCUGUGUAGGAAAGUCUUGGUGGCCUUUGUGUUUUUUCGGGUCACCUAGGGUGUAAAUGUAAAUUAUUUAUUAAUGAAAAUAAUUAAAAAUGUUUUUAUUUUCAUUGUAAACUUAAGACUAAAACCAGAUAGUUAAAGUAGAAAAUAUAAUGGACCUAUAUAUAUUUUAAUAAGAUAAUCUUUGAGAAUUUACAAUCACCAGAAAGAAAAGAGAAACCCGUACACUGCUCUUGCUCGUGCCAUUGGCCACGCCCACCACCUAUGUCCCACUUUGACCCAUAAAAACAUCCUGACUCCCUACUCUGAGGCACUUUCUAAAUAAAGGCCCCAGGCCUGUAUUUUCUCCUGCAUUGGAUCUCUAGCUACUCCCUGAGGACUUAUAAAGUUGAUUGAUCUUCAUUUUCUUCCCCCUGUAGGUUAUGACUGACAUGAGGUGGCUUGUCCCUGUAUGAUAGCACUCAGUCUAUACAGGCUGUGUUAUGUGUGUUGUGAGCUGUAACCCCUGCUCUCAGAUGUGCUGUAAACGGGAAUAGAGUGAAAGAGUAUUGAUGUCAUCUGCCAGCUACCUGCGUCUGAUUUAAUUCUUUCUGUGUCUCUCGCUCCUCUCUACUGUACCUCCCGUCCUCUCUACCUCUCUAACAAUCUGUCCAUCUCGGGAGUGCUGUAUAACCAAUUAAUCUCCCAGGCUGACUUUGAGGUGUUAAGAGACAGAGCUCAGGGGCUGCCUGGUGUGGCAGAAUGUGGCUCACAGAGUGAUUGUGGUUUCCCCCGCCGGGACACGGCGAAGUCAAGAGGUUCUGGAAAUGACAGUCACACUUGCUCCUUCUGUGUUAUCAUGAGAGAGGGAUCAAGAGAGGAAAAGGAAUAAGGAUAUAUAUAUAUAUAUAUUUUACAUUAAAUAAUAUUUACAUUAAAUAAUAUUUUUCCAUAAUGACUUGGCUAGGAAAGACUGGUACUCAGGCUACAGUGACUGGUAUUGGGAAAGACAAAAUGGAGUAAGCAACUGCAACUACUUUAUUUUUGUUGUUGAUAUUGUCCAUUGUCUACUUUUGGGUUGGUGUGACAAGUGAUAUGAAGAAGUGUAAGACAGCCUGCAAUGCCUGUAAUUUUAUGCAUUACCAGCAAACCUUUCAGACAUGAGUUGUGGGCUCCCGAGUGGCGCAGUGGUCUAAGGAACUGCAUCUCAGUACUAUGAGGCUUAACUACAGACACUCUGGUUCGAUUCAAGGCUGUAUCACAACUGGCAGUGAGUUCCAUAUGGAAUUGGCUGGUGUAGGCCUUCAUUGUAAAUAAGAAUUUGUUAUUAACUGACUUGCCUAGUUAAAUAAAGGUUCAGUAAAUGUAAUUGCAGAAGAGCCAUGCAUAACAAUGUGGGAUUUAACAUGCAAGUCUGCUAUUAAAUGCAUUUAAUGUUUUAAAAAAAAUACUGUAUGAUAUGAUUAAAUCAAACAUAUCAAUGAAGCCAUUUCAAAAAAUGUUCACGCUGAUACAUUCGAUACCAAGUGCUAUCAGCACAGGGCAGGGGGAUUGAUACAAAGCUUGUUUGACAGCCAUAUAUAUACAUGUUUAAUACCUUCAAACUUAUGUUUUUUUUUUGCAGAUUUUUAUCGUAAAAGUCAUAUUAUGACAGGAAGUCAGAAGGACCGGUUUGUCUAAAGUAAUUGUACUAGUUCAAGCUACGGGACAGAUCAUGUAAUGACGUAAUCUGGUGUAAGUGGAGCUACAUUUUGAGUUGGUCACCUACCUGCAAAUUCAGCGCAAUACCAGCUAAUAGCUAGCUGACCUUAGCUAGUUAUCCAGCCAAUUAAAGCAAUGCCUUGGUGACAGCCUUUAGCUAGCUAACAACAGAGACCUAGCUGCUAGUUUAGCUAGGAAUAGUUGCUCAUUGCAAACGUGAAUUUCCGACAUGUGGUGCACGUAGCACGUAUUUUUGUACAUUUAUACGACUUGCAUAAAUGGAUGCUUCACCUCUGGGCGAGCAAACCUCCGAAACACAGUCGGCCACGAAUGGAACCAGGGAGCUCGCGUGAAAGUCCAUUCGGUUCCGGGGGUCCCGAUCCGUCGGACAUACGGGAGGAGACCCCCGGCGAAGAGGCUGAGGAUGGGGACAACAGCAUCCUGAGAGAAGGAGGAGGGAACGAAAACACUCUGGACAACAUGAAAACAGAAUGUGAGGAUGAUGAUGACACAGGACAAAAUGUUGAUGCUGCUAAUGAAGAAGGCAAAUAUGAAGAGGAAUUGGACCCUAGAAUUCAGGAGGAGCUAGAGCACCUCAAUCAGGCCAGUGAUGAAAUCAACAAGCUGGAACUGAAACUGGAUGAUGCUAGGUCCACCUACAGGAGGAUCCUCACUGACUCAGCCAGGAAGCUCAAUGCUCAGGGAUCCCAGCUAGGGACCUGCAUUGAGAAGGCCAGGCCCUACUACGAAGCCCGCAGACUAGCCAAAGAGGCCCAGCAGGAGACGCAGAAGGCAGCGUUGCGGUACGAGAGAGCCGUCUCCAUGCAUACGGCUGCCAGAGAGAUGGUGUACGUGGCAGAGCAGGGGCUCCUGGCAGACAGGAACACUCUGGACCCCACCUGGCAGGAGAUGCUCAACCACGCCACCUCCAAGGUUAACGAGGCAGAGGAGGAGCGGCUGCGGAGCGAGAGGGAGCAUCAGCGGGUCACUCAGCUGUGCCAGGAGGCAGAACAACGUGUCCAGACCCUCCAGAAAUCCCUCAAGAGGUUCAUCAUCAAGUCCAAACCUUAUUUCGAGCUCAAGGCUCAGUUCAACCACCUACUAGAGGAGCACAAGGCAAAGGUGGUGCAGCUGGAAGAACGCGUUGCAAGAGUAAAAAUGCGCUACUCCGUCGCCCUGCGCAACCUGGAGCAAAUCAGCGAGCAGAUCCAUGCCCAGAGGGGGCGUGUCCGAGCCACCAGGGCCCGCCCCGUAGCCUGCGGUGGGCGGAGCUCCCCAGUGGGGGCGGAGGCUGAGGUCAAAGCUGCGGUCGGGGUUCAGGUUGGAGGAGCCUGUGGCGGAGGAGGAGGAGGGUUGGAGGAGAAGGACUGGGCUGAUGGAGAGAAGACCAGGCAGUGGGUGGAGAGACACAGAGAGCAGGGCUGGGGUCACAGGGAGAGGGGGGAGGCAGGGUCAGACUCCAUGUCUGUCAUCAGCCUCCAGACCAUCGCCUCGGACCUGGAGAAGUGCGACUCGGUGGGGCACCUGGGGGACCUGAGUGACGUUAGCAGCCUGAUGGGAGAGGACUGGGAGAGGCACCGGUCCCUGAUGGCUGAGAACAGAGAUAGGAACCCAAGGGCAGAGGAGAGAGUUGUGAGGGAGGUGGACAUCCCUGCUCCAAGGCAGGAUAGAUUGGAGGUGGUGAGGGGGGUGAGCGGGAGACAGGAGAGCUUUGUCAAGCAGCACCACAGAAGUGUGAGUUUGUGAGACCAGAAUAGAAGGCACUGUGUGAUGAAUGAUCAGAUAAAGGAAUGAAAUCAAGAGAGCAAAGAAUACAAACGGAGAUUGUGGAAGUUCUGUUUGAGGGAUUGAAAUGUAGAACACUGACAAUGAGUCCCAAAUAGAACCCUAUUCCCUACAUAGUGCACUACUUUUGACCAGGGCCUAUAGGGAAUAGGUUGCAAUUUGGCACACAACCCUGCAUCAUUGUGACACUGCAGAGGGGAGUACCAGGGAAGUGGAGGGUGGCUGGUACAUCAUGCACACAGAGAGAGAAGAAGAAGAAGAAGUGUCAGGCGAUUCGCUAGGUCCUUGUGGGACUUGUAGUUCCUACACUCUAAUCUGUCUAUUGUACAACACCAGUAAGAUAUCAGUGACCUGAGGUAAAGCUAGUCUUAACACAGUACUGUGUGUAAAUACAGAGACAUAAUAGAUAACAUACUCAUAACUUUACUUACAGUUUCACAUGCAGCUGAACGUUUUAAGCAGCAAAGUUUAUUUUAUCAAUGCUAUUUCGAUUUUGACAUCAGUCCCUUUAAAAAGCCCUUUGUGCUUUUCUUUUCCAAAUGGAUUGAAUUACCACAGAAUUCGGUUUCCGCUCGUCCUUGGAAUGAACCAAAGGUGUUGAAACAAGCAAUUACUGCUCUCUCUCUCUCUCCCUCUUGAGUAAAAAUAGAUUUUAAAACAUUUUAAUUUAGUUAUUAGACCUGUUUUGUGUUUUUACCCCAGUAGAAUGUUCUGGAAAUGUUCCCAGCACCUCCAGGGCCAACGACUCCCUCAGACACCAGACUGUAGAGAAUGUCUCUGUCACUCACAUUGACCCUUCUCUGACCUUUCACAAUCCCUGCUUUCUGUCGGGAAGAAAAAAUGCGUCUGCUAUCCUGAUCAACAAUGUGUGUCCAAAAUGGGACCCUAUUCCAUACGUAGUGCACUACUUUUGACAAGGGCACAUUUUGGGGUCUGGUCAAAAAAUUGUGCACUAUAUAGGAAAUAGGGUGACAUUUAGGACUCAUACAAGAUGUUACACUGCAUGGUGGGAAAUGGUUCUAAUUAACUUAUUUUUAGUAUUGCGUAAACCAUAAAUAACUUUUUUUGUUGUUGUUGAGGAACAUCAAAAAUAAGAUUUUUAAUUUUACUCAAAUGUAUUUUAAGUGCCUUUGACCCGCCCUAAUUUUAAUUUUAAUUGUUUAUUUUUUUACAUAUUCUGAGAGUGUAAUGCCCCUUUAAAUGUUUUUGAUGGCAUUUUUUGUAAUCAAGGAAUCCCAAUUCUAACCAUUAAUUCUUUAAUUUCUUAACUGUCUUCCUUUUUAAUAGUGAGACCAUUUUUAGUGAAGUUUUCAUUGUUUUAGAUUUAAAUACUUUAACAGUGUUUUACCAUAGUUAACAUAGUUGACAAAUGUACCUGCUUUUCACCUACUCUUAACGCCUCUAAAUUGUGUUGUUGUGCAACGCCUGGGUGUAGUAGAUGGCUACGUUGUUUUUGUAUCUGGGUUUUCACUUCCUGGGGUUAUUUUUGAACCAGUUUCUUCUCUUGUUCAUUUUGUACCUGUUGACGGGUACCUUACCUUGAUUUUAUUGAUCUCACCAGACAUGGACACUAAAUCACUACACAGGGAGUUAGAGAGAG